GAUGUGGUUGGGAGGGGGGAGUUGUUUGGGAUGGUGGGCCGGUGCAUCGUGUCGUUCGGCUCGGCUCGGCUCGGUUCGGUUCUUCUCCAUCAGCUCACAGUCGCCUGCUUUCGGCCGGUAUGGAUCGUUUACGUGAAUUCUGAAGAGUCGAGGAGAUUGUUGUGACAGAGGCGUUUGUUGCAGAAGUCCCGCUGAAGAAAGCGACAACAAGCAAUGGCUGAUCAGGACAUCUGUCCCCACCUGGACUCGAUAGGAGAGGUCACCAAGGAAGACCUCCUCCACAAAUCCAAGGGAACUUGCCAGUCAUGUGGAGCAGGAGGUCCAAACCUGUGGGCCUGUCUGCAGAGUGACUGCCCUUAUGUUGGUUGUGGAGAGUCCUACUCAGAUCACAGCACUCUGCAUGCACAGGCUAAAAAGCACAACCUGACUGUGAACCUGACAACGUUCAGGAUCUGGUGUUAUGUGUGUGAACGGGAGGUGUUUCUGGAGCACAGGCCCGCCUUGGUGCCUGUUCCUGCUGUACCGCAUCACUGCAAAACCACAGAGCAGGAUGCAGUGCCUCAGCCAGUAGGUCAUCCAUUAAAAGCAGUGCCAAUCGCUGUAGCGGAAGAAGAAGGCUCAGAGUCAGAGGAGGAUGAGCUUAAACCCAGAGGUCUCACAGGAAUGAAAAACAUUGGAAACUCUUGCUACAUGAAUGCAGCUCUGCAAGCUCUGUCCAACUGUCCUCCUCUUACCCAGUUCUUCCUGGACUGCAGUGGUUUGGUGCGUACCGAUAAGAAGCCUGCGCUGUGUAAGAGCUACCAGAAACUCAUCUCUGAACUCUGGCAUAAAAAACGGCCCAGUUAUGUGGUUCCUACUAGUCUGUCCCAUGGCAUCAAAUUGGUUAACCCAAUGUUUCGUGGUUACGCUCAGCAGGACACCCAGGAGUUUCUGCGAUGUCUGAUGGACCAGCUCCACGAGGAACUAAAGGAACCUCUGACGGAGUGUAGCAUGAGCGGCGAGGGAAGCGAUGUGGAGGAGAGACGAGAUGGAGACCGCUCCCCGUCUGAAGACGAAUUCCUGUCCUGUGACUCCGGCUCCAGCAGCGACCGAGGGGAGGGGGGAGGAGUGGGUGAUGGCGAACUGCUCAUGCAAGACGAGUGUGAUGGCGUGAGGUCGCUGGCGGGGGGAGUGAUGGCGGUCAGUCCCACCGGCGUGAUCUCUGAGAAGGAGAGGCUGAAGGAAAGAAGAGUGUCCGGUUCACCCCUUCGUGGAGGCUCGCAAGAGAUGGAUGAGGACGCUGAUGUGGACACAGCGGCGGAGGAGGAGGCGCCGGAAAGAGGGGAGGGGGAGGAGGUGACUUCAACCACUAACCCUGAGGUCCAGCCCCAGGAGAAUAAUCAGACGUCUACUACAGUACCAGGGCAAGGCCAGAGCAGCAACACCUCAGAGCCAGACAAUGAAGCAUCAAUGACCCAGCCACAGUCCAUUCCCUGCAGUCCUGUAAGAACCCUUCAGGAGAUGCAUCCAAAACUGUCCUCUAGUCCACCUCGGUCCAGUCCCCUCCGCUCUUCAGGACCGGUAUACUCUUUCAAAAAAGCUCAGCUGCUGCUCAGUUCCAGGAAGAAGAAGCAGUCGCACUAUCGCAGUGUGAUCUCUGAUAUCUUUGAUGGCUCCAUCCUCAGUCUGGUCCAGUGUUUAACCUGUGACAGGGUCUCUACAACAGUGGAAACUUUCCAGGACUUGUCCCUUCCUAUUCCUGGCAAAGAGGACUUGGCAAAGCUCCACUCUUCCAUUCAUCAAAACCUGCCGGUGAAGACUGGAGUGUGUCCUGACACUUACGGCUCACAGGGCUGGAUCUCCUACAUCAUGGACUCCAUACGCCGGUUUGUUGUCUCAUGCAUCCCCAGUUGGUUCUGGGGGCCCAUGGUAACUCUAGAGGACUGCCUCGCUGCCUUUUUUGCUGCAGAUGAACUCAAAGGAGACAACAUGUACAGCUGUGAAAGAUGUAAAAAGUUGAGAAAUGGUGUGAAAUACUGCAAAGUACUUAAACUUCCAGAGAUUUUAUGCAUUCACCUGAAACGCUUCCGGCACGAGGUCAUGUAUUCGUUCAAGAUCAGCAGCCAUGUAUCCUUCCCGUUGGAGGGCCUCGACAUGAGGCCUUUCCUGGCUAAAGACAGUCCGUCCCAAGUCAGCACUUAUGAUCUGCUGUCUGUUAUUUGUCACCACGGCACAGCAGGAAGCGGUCAUUACAUCGCUUACUGUCAGAACGUGAUCAAUGGCCAGUGGUAUGAGUUUGAUGACCAGUACGUCACUGAGGUCCAUGAGACCGUGGUGCAGAACGCCGAAGCCUAUGUGUUGUUUUAUAGGAAAAGCAGUGAGGAGUCGGUGAGAGAGAGGCAGAAGGUGGUGGCUCUGGCUAACAUGAAGGAGCCCAGCCUGCUGCAGUUUUACAUCUCCAGAGAGUGGCUCAACAAGUUCAACACCUUCGCUGAACCAGGGCCAAUCAGCAACCACACAUUCCUCUGUCAGCAUGGAGGAAUCCCUCCUAAUAAAUACCAGUACAUAGAUGACCUGGUUGUGAUCGUUCCCCAGAAUGUGUGGGAGUACCUUUACAACAGUUUUGGAGGAGGCCCAGCAGUCAACCACCUGUAUAUGUGUGCCAUCUGCCAGGUGGAAAUAGAAGCUUUGGCUAAACGCAGAAAAAUAGAAAUAGACACUUUCAUCAAGCUGAACAAAGAGUUUCAGGCUGAAGAGGCUCCAACAGUCAUCCUGUGUAUCAGCAUGCAGUGGUUCAGAGAAUGGGAGAGUUUUGUUAAAGGAAAAGACAAUGAGCCCCCUGGUCCCAUUGACAACAGUAAAAUUGGUGUUAUGAAAGGAGGACACAUACAGCUCAAACAAGGUGCAGAUUAUGGUCAAAUAUCAGAGGAGACGUGGCAGUACCUGUUGGGCAUUUACGGUGGUGGCCCUGAGAUCGCAGUGCGACAGACGGUAGCCCCGGUUGAUUCUGACAACCUUCACGGAGAGAGGAAGAUUGAAGCAGAGACAAGAGCACUAUGAGAAGAAAAGAGGAAGCUGAGGAAUUUGCACCUCGGUUGAAGAAGCCUCAUCGCGAACACUUUGUAAAUGUAGCAAUGCGUUGUUCCGGGGUGCCGUCGCAGGAGGAUGAACGGCACCUAAAUAUCAUGUAGUUUAUUUAUUGGAUGACUCUGAUUCUCAGUGUUAACAGUGUCAAAUAAGAUGUCAUGUCACAUCUCUGAAGCUGUGUUUUUUUUCUGCGGCUGCUGAAGUGCAGACCAAUGUUGGAGUCAGUAACCACAGUAGAACUAUGAAUUGUUUUGUUUUGUUUUUUUCCACGGGAAG